ACGAAAUGAAAAGAAUAUAAAAAAAAACGACACAUGGCAAACUCGGUCAUGUUCGGCCCAAGAGUUGAGGCGUACGAUGUAGCCAUUCGAGUUGCGAGGUAGUAUAAUCAUUCAGUCCAGUCCAGUCCUAUAUAUAUCAUCUUAGCCCAUCCCCAUCUACUUCGCCAGCUGGUUGCCCUCCCCGUCUUUCUGCUUUUCCUACCUCUUGUAAUAAUAAAAAUAAUUUCUUUUCUUGUGCCAUCUUGCUCUUGGGUUCAAUUAUCUUGCUCUCCGUCUAGCAUCAAAACCCCCCCCCCCAGGGGAACAAGAUCCGCCCUCAUGGCACUAACAUACAAACAAUCUGUCCUGGUAAGGGGCUCGAUCCCCGCCCUCCGGGAACACGGCGAGACCAUCGCCACGCUGUUCUACUCCAACAUGCUCCGCGGCCACCCGGAGCUCAAAGUCCUCUUCAACACCGCCAACCAGGCGACGGGGCGCCAGCCGCGCGCCCUGACGUCGGUGAUCCUCGCCUUCGCCGCCAACCUGCACCACACGAGCGAGCUCAUCCCGCGCCUCGAGCGCGUCUGCAACAAGCACUGCUCCCUCGGCAUCCACCCGGAACACUACGACGUCGUCGGCAAGUACCUCCUGCAGGCCUUCGCCCAGGUCCUCGGCCCGGCGGCCUGGACCCCGGACCUCCACGCCGCCUGGUCCCGCGCCUACUCGGUCCUCGCCCGGAUGCUCAGCGGCCGCGAGGCCCAGCUGUACCGCCAAUUCGCCGCCGACACCGCCACCCCACAUGCAUCGACCGCACAUGACCCCGACGCCGCCGCGUGGACCGGGUGGCGGCCCUUCACGGUCGACAAGAGGGUCGACGAGGCCGCCGGCAUGGUCUCCUUCUACCUGUACCCCGUCGACGGGCGGCGUCUCCCGCUCUUCCGGCCGGGCCAGUACGUCUCUCUCCGCGUCCAGGUGCCCGAACUCGACAACCAACCACAGCUGCGGCAGUACGCCCUCUCCGAGGCGCCGCGGCCGGAGUACUACCGCAUCACCGUCAAGCGGGACAUGGGACGCCUAGCUGCUGCGGCGGCGGCGGCACGAGGAGGCAGCUCGGCCGCAGCCGGAGGAGCAGGAGGGAAAGGCGGCGCGAGGGCGAGCAGCAUCGUCAACAGCGGGGCGAGAGGCGGCGACGUGCGCAAGUUCCGCCCCGGCGUGGUGUCCAACCUGCUCCUGGACGAGAAGUGGCCCGGCGACGCCGUGGAGCUGUCGCACCCCGCGGGCGAUUUCUGGGUGGACGAGGACGCGCUGGAGGCCGGGCGGUCGUUGCCGCUCGUGCUUCUUUCCGCGGGGAUUGGGGCCGCGCCGCUCAUGGCCAUGUUCAAUGGGUCGGUGACGGCCGUGUCGCCCGUGCCGUCGAGGGCGGGGACGCCGAGUUCGGGGGGCGCGUCGGUGCGAGAGCGGCCUAUUAGCUGGGUGCACUGGUCUGCCCCGUCGUCGUCGUCGUCGUCCCCGUCGUCGUCAUCAGGGUUGGCGUCGCCGGGUGGAAGGAGAGGGACGGAUGGGACGGAUGGGACGGCGCCUUUCCAGGAACAUGUCCGGCGGGUGGCUCGUGAGAGGACGCAGACGGCGGCGCAUUUCUUCAGGAGUAGGGUCGCGGAGAUGGACGACUUGGAGGCGGGCAAGGAGGAGACGGAACGCGAGCUUAUGGCGCUGCGCAUGGAUCUCGCUAGCUUGGCGGAGGCGCCUGGCCGGCCGCUGCACCUCGACCACGGCGCCGCGCUGUAUUACGUCUGCGGAACCGAGGCCUUUAUGGAGGAGGCGGGGAGGUUCCUGGCCGAGAGGCGGGUCGACAGGGCGCGGGUCAAGUUUGAGUGGUUUACCACGGGUGAUCCGGCCGAGAAGGUGGUGGUGUAAUGGGUG